AUGGUGGUCCCCUCCGACCGAAGUCUCGGGACCCGCAUCAGGAACCAUAUAUCACGCCUUCGCAUCAAGACCGUAGCCAUCUACACCGAGCCAGAUUCUGCAUCGCAACACGUCGCCGAAGCAGAUAUUUCCUAUCUCCUCGACGGGGACGCCACGAGGGCCUACCUAGACGGUGACCAGAUCGUGCAGAAAGCCAGAACUGCCGGCGCACAGGCUAUCAUCCCGGGAUAUGGGUUCCUGUCCGAGGAUGCCGGCUUCGCCCGCUCCGUCGCGGCGGCGGGGCUGCACUUCGGGGGCCCCAGCCCAGAGAGCAUCGAGCAGUUCGGGCUGAAACACACGGCGCGCGAGCUGGCCCUGGCCGCUGGCGUGCCUGUCGUCCCGGGCACGCAGGGGCUGCUGGACGACGCCGACGACGCCGCGCGGGCAGCGGACGGGCUUGGCUAUCCCGUGAUGCUCAAGUCGACGGCCGGAGGGGGCGGGAUGGGACUGCAGACAUGUGGGGAUGAGAGCGGGCUGAGGAAGGCGUUCCAGACGGUGCAAUCCCGUGGCGCGGCCCUUUUCAAGAACUCAGGUGUGUUCCUGGAGAAGUACUACCCUGCUGCUCAUCAUAUCGAGGUACAAGUCUUUGGCAACGGCCAGGGAAAGGUCGCGGCGCUCGGCGAGAGGGAAUGUAGUAUCCAGCGCAGGCAUCAGAAGGUGAUAGAGGAAUGUCCCAGCCCGUUUGUCGCGCAGAAGCGGCCAGAUCUGCGGAAGCAACUCUGUGCUGCUGCGGUGUCGUUGGCAGAGUCUGUCAAGUAUGCAAGUGCAGGGACUCUUGAGUUUUUAGUGGACGACGAGAGCGGUGCCUUCUUCUUUCUGGAGAUGAACACCAGAUUGCAAGUGGAGCAUGGUGUAACGGAGAUGGUGUAUGGAGUCGACCUAGUGGAGUUGAUGCUUCGCCAGGUUGACACACAAAUGGCAGGCAAGGGAGGGCUAGAGGAAGUCGAGUUGGAUCACAUCUCAAGAUCAUGUCAAGAGCCGAAGGGACAUGCGAUCGAAGUGCGAGUCUAUGCCGAAAAUCCUGCUAGAGACUACGCCCCCUCUCCGGGACUCUUGCAGGAGGUCAUCUUCCAUGAGCUUCCAGGAACACGUAUUGAUGGCUGUGUUCGAGCUGGAAUUACGAUCAGUCCACAUUAUGACCCAUUGUUGGCGAAAGUGCUCCAGCAUGCCGAAAGCAGAUCGCAGGCUGUCGAGGAGCUUCAGACGGUGCUCUCAAAGUCAUCCAUAUGCGGCCCCCCUACGAAUCUCGACUUCCUCCUUGCAAUUCUCAAGUCUCCAGAAUUCGAUGCUGGAAACACGAUCACGCAGUUCCUUUCCACCUUUGUGUUUCGCCCUCCGGCGAUAGACGUGCUGGUUGGAGGCUCCUAUACCCUCGUCGAAGACUUUCCAGAGGGCCUGGAAAUCACCCUCACCGGCCCAGACCUCAGGUUCCUGGCGGAUGCUGUCGUAUCUCUUACAGGUGCAGCCAUCUCCGCCACACUCGAUGGCAAGGAAUUUCCCAUGUGGCGGAGGGUGAGAAUAUCUGCAGGGCAGCGCCUGACUAUCGGGAAGACCUUGUCCAACGCCGGAUGCAGGUCUUACCUUGCGGUCUAUGGUGGCUUCCUGAAUGUUGCAGAGUGGUUUGGAUCCAAGGCAACCGUACCACUGACACUGGUCGGUGGGGAAAUACCCGACAGCAUUUUGCCCAAACACCAGGAGCACUGGGUUGUGCAUGUCAUGCACGGGCCAUACUGCGAGGGAUUCCUAUCCCCUGAGGAUAUCGAAAUGUUCUACAACACAAAUUGGGAGGUCUCACACAAUGCGGCUCGAGGUGGCAUCAGACUCAUUGGGCCACGUCCGAGAUGGGCGAGGACGUCGGGCGGAGAAGGCGGCUCGCACCCAAGCAAUGUCAUCGAGUACGGCUACCCCAUCGGAGGCGUCAACUUUACUGGAGACGAACCAGUCAUCUUCCCAAACGACUGCCCUGAUUUCGGAGGCUUUGUCUGUCCGUUCACUGUCGUGAAGGCGGACUACUGGAAGGUCGGUCAGCUUCGCGCCGGCAACACGGUCAAGUUCGUCGCCGUGUCCCUGGAGGAUGCUCUCUGGUCGCGGAAAGCAAACGAGGCCUUUGUCGACAGCAUUGCCAAGUGGCUGGCUUCCGGUUCAUACGAGGCAGUGCAAAGGCUCGACGCCACGCCGAUCCUAGAGGCACCUUCGUCGGUCCAGCCGGCAGUCAUCAGGCUCACCGAGGCAACACCCAGCAGGCCACGCAUCGCCUACCGCCAGGGGGGUGAUGACUACUUGAUGCUGGAUUACGGAAAUGGUUCUUUUGACAUCAACCACAAAUGUCGCAUCACAGCACUCAAGCGCAAACUCGAAGCCGGCACCGGUCCCAUCCGCUUUUCCCCUACUGGUGAGGGCAUCUACAACACGGUCUGCGUCGGCAACUCCAUGAUGAUCUACUACAACGGGCUGGCCAUCCCCCAGUCCCAGCUCCUAGACUACCUCGCCGCCCUGGAGGACGAGCUCGGCGACCUGGGCUCCAUCACGAUGCCCAACCGCACGUUCAGGCUGCCGCUGACCUUCGCGCACCCCCGGCUGAAGGAGUCCAUCGAGCGGUACAUGGCGAACCAGAGGCCGUACGCGAGCUACCUGCCCGACAACUUCAACUUCGUCGCCGAGAACAACGGCAUCACGCCGGAGGAGUUCCGCAGGCUCUGGCUGACGGCCGAGUUUGUGUGCAUCGGCGUGGGCUUCUUCAUGGCCCUCCCCUUGGGCCUGCCGGCUGACCCGCGUCAUCGCCUCAACAGCCCCAAGAUGAACCCAUCCAGGACAUUCACCCCAGAAGGGACGGUGUCCUGGGGUGGAUCGUGUCUUGCUAUUUAUCCGGUUGACAGCCCCGGCGGGUACAUGCUGAAUGGUUUGACUCUUCCUUCUUGUGACAAGCUAGGGUACAAGAAGGGUUUCUCGCGGCAACGGCCCUGGCUGUACGAGGACAUGGACGUCAUUACCUUUUACGAGGUGAGCGAGGAGGAGUAUGACCGUGAGAUGGCAUUAUUUAGGAGCGGACGAUACGAGUUCGAGGUCGAGUCCACGACCUUUGACAUGAAACGACAUAAUGAGCUGCUGGACAGCGUCAAGGACGAGGUUGACGCUAUCAAGAAGACGCAGGAGGAGGCCCAAGAGAAGAUGGUGAAGCUUGAGAAAGAGCUCCUGGCUAAGUGGGACGAGGAGAAGAAGGCCAGCGGUGUGUCCAUGGAAAGCAUACAAGACUUGCUGGAUGAUCCAAAUAUCGAGGCCAUUGAAGCACCUGUCAACGCAAAUGUGUGGAAGGUGCUCGUAGAGGAGGGGCAGGUGCUUGAAAAGGGCCAAGUUGUCACAAUCCUGGAGGCGAUGAAAAUGGAGAUCAAUGUCGCUGUUGAUGAUCGCUUCGUGGGCUCAAAGAUUGAGAAGGUGCUGAUCCAGCCGAAUGAUAUAGUCCAAAGUGGAAAACCCCUUGUCUUGGUCAGAACUUCUUGGUCAGAACUGGACGCUGAAUAA